GCUCUGCUUUGAUUUUGAAAACACAGCAGAAGAAGAAGGACGCAUUAUUCGUUUUCUGUUUACUAGUUAAGAACCUGUUUGUUUGGUUUCUGGACUUGGAAGCUGAAGAGAGACUGAGAAAAAUAGAAUGAUACAUUACUGGUUCAUUCAUUCGCUAGAAGCUAAAGAGUAAAAUAUGGGGGUGGAGUGUGAACCAGUUGCAGAGAAAACAGAGGAAACAGAGGAAAACAGAGGAAGUUGAUAUGUGAUACAGUGAACUGUAUAAAUUAGGAAACUCUUCACGAGUGUGUCAGACAUUUUAGGACACUGAGGUAUCUUACUUUUUAAGGACACGUCGCUCAGGGGUACAGAUGAAAAAAGAGAUUUCACUUUCUUCUCUUCUUUUCAUUCUCAGUUCAGUGGAAAAUUUUGAUGCUUUCACAUUCAACUUUUGAACUGCUUUUUUCCUUUGGAGAAUUUGAUUCUACCAAGGUUCCACUUCUUCAAACUUGCAGAAUUCCAAAGCCUCAAUUCACACAACCAAUGGGGAGAGCCACUAGGUGGUUGAAGGGCUUGUUUGGGAUAAAGAGAGACAAAGAGAACAAAGAAAAUUCAAAUUCAGCCACCAAAGGGUCUCCUCAUGUUCACUCAGAGAGAGAUUCCAAAGGUUUAUGUCAUAAUCCUACCACCAUACCACCCAACAUUUCACCAGCAGAGGCUGCUUGGCUGCAAUCCUUCUACUCCGAAUCUGAGACGGAGCAAAGCAAGCAUGCUAUUGCGGUCGCUGCAGCCACAGCAGCAGCCGCGGAUGCUGCUGUGGCUGCAGCUCAGGCUGCCGCGGCGGUAGUUCGGCUAACCAGCCACGGUAGAGACACCAUGUUCGGUGGUGGACAUCAAAGGUUGGCUGCUGUCAAGAUUCAAACAGUUUUUAGAGGAUACUUAGCAAGGAAGGCAUUGAGAGCCUUAAAAGGAUUGGUCAAGUUGCAGGCACUUGUGAGAGGGUACUUGGUGAGGAAGGAAGCAACAGCAACUCUGCAUAGUAUGCAGGCUCUUAUUAGAGCUCAAGCCAUGGUAAGGUCUCAGAAGUCUCGUGGACUCAUGAGCUCAAAGAAUGAAGCAUACAGGACUCAAACACUAGCAAGAAGAUCCAUGGAGAAAUUUGAUGACUAUAGGAGUGAGCACACAGCUCCAAUCCACAGCAGAAGGCUAUCAUCUUCUUUUGAUAACACCAACAACAGUGUUGAUGGGAGCCCCAAAAUAGUGGAAGUGGACAAUGGUAGUAGGCCAAAAUCAAGAUCUCGCAGGAGCAACACAUCAAUUUCAGAUUUUGGCGAAGACCCUUCAUUUCACUCUCCUCUCCCAUUCACAAUUCGCACCCCUGCACCUUCAGAUAACAGGAAUUUCCAUGACUCAUCAGAAUGGGGCCUAACAAGGGAAGAGUGCAGGUUUUCCACAGCACAAAGCACUCCACGCUUCACAAGUUCUUGUAGUUGUGGUGGUUCUGUAGCUGCACCUUUGACACCUAAAACUGUUUGCACUGAAAACCUCUUCAUUGGGCAAUAUGGCAACAAUUUUCCAAAUUACAUGGCAAGCACUAAGUCUUUCAAGGCCAAAUUGAGAUCUCAUAGUGCUCCAAAGCAACGCCCGGAACCCGGUCCGAAGAAGAGGCUUUCCCUCACUGAUUUGAUGGAAUCUAGGAGUAGUUUCAGCGGGGUUCGGAUGCAGAGGUCUUGCUCACAGAUUCAGGAAGCUAUUAGUUUUAAGAAUGCUGUGAUGAGUAAGCUUGAGAAAUCCACUGAAUUUGGUAGGGAGACAGACAAAACUAGAUGGUGAUUGGUGAACUUAUCGGAAAUUCUUCCACAGUUGAUUCUGUAAGUAGCUUUUGGGUAACAGAAUUUAUUUCUGAGAAAAACUAAGCUGAUCCAAACAUGAUAUUAGAGGCAUUUAUGGGAAAGCUAGCAUUCUUUUGGUUUUUCAGUUUUCACAUUGUUAGUAUUAAUGGGAAUAGCUUUGUCUUUCUGCACCACAUGAUUGGCAAUUUGAAGACAUAUGGUGGGUAGGAAACAGGUGAAUCAAGACAAAAUAGAAGGAUAACAAUGAGAACUAAGAGGUCCCCAUUGUAACUUGCAAAAAGUUUGGUCAUGGAAUUAUCUUCAUGUAUUGUCAUUAUAAUCAAGUGUAAGAGUAAUUCAUUUGAUUUC